UUAUUGAAAUAAGCACUGUGAAUGAAUGUUCAAUGAUCAAGUUUCCGGAUACUGAGAAGAAUGAGAACCUUCCAUCUUGGACAAGCAAUCGACACACCAGCAUUGAAGUUAAUUGUAUCGAAACUGGCGGCCUAACAUUUAGUGGUUCUCUCUUUAGAAAUUUGUCUUCCAUAAUGUCAACAAGAAAUGAAAAUGCCACGUAAGUUGCCGCAAUUAUUAUCUAGUGUAUGUUAUUUCGGUUGUUUACAGGAAAAAAUUGUGUUAAUAAUUGUGUCACUGAGUGUUAAAAUUAUAUAUGAUGUUAAACUGGUCCUGAUAUAAUAUAGUGCACGAAACCGACAAACAACGAUGACUAUCUCACACUUAAUGAACUAACUUAUGUUGAUGCCAUGAUGCUAUGAUUUCCGCUGAAGUCAUAGCAUACAAAACCUCCACACACAAAAUGUUUAAUGGUGUCAGUGAUAACUCUUAAACUAAAAUGUACCCAUUAGGAACCACCAACAUAUAUUUCUAUCGAAUUAAUACAUUUUCAACUUUCCGUUUUAUAUUUUAAAAUCUCCAACAACUGCAACAAAGGCACGUGGAGAUCAAUGCCCCGGUACUUGCUUUUACUAUCCACAAGUCCAGGAAAGAUAGUUCUGAACGGCUAGAUAUGACCUUAGUCUUCCAGCUAUUUAAGACUUGCUUAGAGAAGCCAUCUUGCUCUUUCUGGAAAAAGGACAAUUCUAGUGAUCAAGGAUUCUGGUCUAGCGAAGGAUGCAAACUGGUAGAAUAUAACCACCAGGCGGGACGUGUAACAUGCUCAUGCAAUCAUCUCACAAACUUUGCUGUUCUGAUGAGUCCAGCGACUACCAUUAACAUGAUCCACCAUCAGGCUCUUAGUGCAAUAACAGUGGUGGGUUGCAGUUUGUCUCUCGGUGGUCUAUUUACAACUGCUGUCAUUUACGCUUGUUUCUGGAGGUAAACACAUAUACAACAUGUCUUUAAGUGGAAAAGUGGAAUGUAAUGAAGAUUAUGUUCGUUUAAACAAGAAAUAUAUUAUUGCCAUACAUGUAGAUGCAUUAACUUCUCCUGAAGCCUUCUUAUAUACACAACCGUUGACAAAGAAAGGAUGGUUAAGUCAAACAGAGCAACCUUGCUGUUAAACCUGUGUGGAGCACUAUUCUUUGCGUAUCUAGCGUUCCUCAUUGGAAUUAAACGUACUCAACCGAUGGUAUUGUAUAAUAGAGUCACGGAUUCCCUUUUUUGUAAAUUUAUUACAAUAUCAACGUAUACUUUAUAAAAAAUCAAAUCUACGCGUAUUGCAUAUUACAAAGUGUAACCAUUUUGAAAUAUUAAAUGCUCAAAAUAGGUCCAUUCUUAUUAAAAAUUAUAGUGCGUUUAACUACAGUUAUAUAAACAGUAUGAUGAGAUACUUAUAGAAUACGGAUUCUCGCAAAUUUUACCCAGAAUGAUCAAUACGUCUGGAAAUGUUUUAUGUCAAAGAACAUCACAACACUUUUAUAAACCGUGUAAACUUACACUUUACCCAUACUGAUACUGAAAUAGUCUACGUUUAGGGCGCUUGUACAUUCACUGCGGUAUUGCUUCACUACGUGUAUCUCGUGGCCUUUUGCUUGAUGCUGGCUGAGGGAGGCGAUCUUGCGUUGAUGGUUAUGAAACCGCUUGCAAAGUGGAAUGGUAUCCCUUACUUCUUGGCUGGAGCAUAUGGUAUUCCAGCCAUAAUUGUUGGUAUUUCCAUGGGCGCGACACAGUUAGAUGGUUAUGGCAAUGAAAGAUUCUGUUGGUUGACGGUGGAGUCAGGUCUGUUUUGGGCAUUUGCAGGACCAGUUCUUGCCAUAGUCAUGGCAAACCUGAUUAUCUUGGUACUCGUGUUGAAAAAAUUGUUCGGAGUUUCUGCCAUGUCAAAGAAAACAGACGCUGAGAAAAUCAAGGCCGGUGUGCGGAGUGUUUUUAUUCUACUUCCCGUGCUGGGCCUCACCUGGGUGCUAGGUAUUUUUGCAGUAAACAAGGACACGCUCGUCUUCCAGUACUUGUUCGCCAUCUUCAACAGUGUGCAGGGGUUCCUCAUCUUUUUGGUGCAGUGUGUGUUUGAUAAGAAAGUACGCGACGCUCUACGACAGAUCAAGGUCACAUGGUUCACGACUCCAGUCGUUCGUACCGGGGACACAAACGUGGAUUCCACGCAGAAGUCGGCAUCUCGCAAUAUCAUUGCUUCGACAUAGAAACCAAACAGUCAUCAAAUUGUCGGAAUACAGGACGACUAUGUGUAGACGACAAUAUUAGAUGACUAUGUGUUUUUUUAAUCGGUUUAUUAUUGCGAACUUUAUUUAUCUUCAAGCAAUAUCGUAUGUAUGAUGUGUGUAUUAUUGAGGGUUAUAUAUAACGCGUUUGAAAUAAUCUACAUUGUACGAUGACAACGAUGGCAUUGUGUGUACAGGGCCGGAUUAAGCUUUUGGGGCCCAAGGCAGCACAUGUUACGCGGCCCCUUCCUUCUGGUCCCCUUCUGUAUAUUGAAAAUCAUACUCGAUUUUACAACUACAAAGAUCAGAAAACUUGCAUUUGUACACG